GUUAUAUUUAAUGAAUCUAAAUGUUCUUCUCUGACUGGUGUUUUUGUUACACAAGGAUGUAAUCUGUUCUUCUGUCACCAUCUCUGUUUCUGCAGCCCUGCACUUUUGAUUUAGAGGUCAUGAGCCAGCAGAGAAAAUCAAAGUGGUCUGAACUUCCCACAAGCAGCACAAGGCUGAAUCUUUGAGUCCUCUUAUGAAACACACCUUUAUUCAGCCCACAAUGCAGCGGCAGUGUGUCUGAGCUCCCAAUAGAUGGCAGUGUAAACCUGCAGCACAGUCACCACACACACACACACACACACACACACACACACACACACACACACACACACACACGACCACUUUUUUAUUGUAUAGACACACUCUUCAUGGAUGUAUGUUUGUUCAUACAGGCCGAACAGGCUGGUUGUAUAAAUGAGAUACAGACUCAAUGUGACUGGUUCACUCACAGGUGAAAAUGAGUAAUAAUCCUUCCUUUCCAUCAUAAUGUUUUAUAACUCGUUUAUUUUACUGUUAGCCAAUAUUUAAUUUAAUUUAAUUUAAUGUAAUAUUUUUAAAGAACCCAGCACAUGUGAGCCCUGCACAGUGGCUUCAUUUGUUCUCUAAAUUCAGUUUAGAACAGUUUCAAAUAUAAUCCACUACUACAAAGCACGAAGAACAAAUAGUAUGACUUAGAUAUUGUAAACAUGACGAAAUAUCCAUGAUUCUCUCCAUGAAUUUAUGAAACUAUAUCACAGAAAACAGGAAAACGGGGUAAAGUAAACAAACAAGCAAAAAAAACAACAACAAUGAGAAAUAAAAUUGAAUGUAUUUCAGGCAGCUAACUUAGGUUUGUGUGUGUGUUUGUGUGUGUGUGUGUGUGUGUGUGUGUGUGUGUGUGUGUGUGUGUGUGUGUGUGUGUCCAUGGACGUCAGUGUGCACUCUACAAUCAGCCCAUGCACAGAAGCACAGCUGUACAGGAGAAAUAAGACUCAGUAAGAGUGAAAUCCUGGACGCCACACGUCCCAUCUUCCCGACCAGUAGGCUGUACAUGGAGAUCCCCAGCUGGGCCGAAACCAAGCCAGGAAGUGAUCUGUGCAAACCGGGAACCAUUGCUCUGUUUGGUAACGUGGUGUACAGUGGGCUUCUCAACGAGCACUUCUGGCACUUCGGGGUUCCCCUCAUCACCAGACUGGGCAACCAAGAGGCCCCAGCUCCCCCUGAAGCCAUGGCCCAACCCUUCCCACCAUCCCAGUACCCUCCUCCACCACAGAAUGGGAUCCCAGCUGAAUACGCCACGUCCCACACCCAUCCACAGGCUGACUACACAGGAUCAAGCACAGUGGCUGAACACUCCUUGGCGCUGUAUACACCGACACACACUCAGAACGAGCAACCGGGAAACGACAGUAAUACCCCCAUCCUCACAGCUAACACAGUAACGUAUGAAAGCAGCUACCUUCAGCACUUCUCCCUCAUUGAUCGGCAGGCAGACGAGGUCGCACAGACAGAAGGCUCCCAGCAGCUCCACCUGCAGCCCAGUGACUCAUCAGAGAAGCAGCAACCCAAGAGGUUACAUGUCUCCAACAUCCCUUUUCGUUUCCGUGACCCUGACCUCCGACAAAUGUUCGGGCAAUUUGGCAAGAUUUUAGACGUGGAGAUUAUUUUUAACGAGCGAGGCUCCAAGGGCUUUGGGUUUGUAACAUUUGAAACAAGUGCAGAUGCUGACCGUGCACGGGAGAAACUAAAUGGUACAAUCGUAGAGGGACGCAAAAUAGAGGUCAACAAUGCUACAGCCAGAGUGAUGACCAACAAGAAGGUGGUAAACCCUUACACAAACAGCUGGAAGCUGAAUCCAGUGGUUGGGGCAGUAUAUGGUCCUGAAUUUUAUGCAGUUACAGGGUUUCCAUACCCCAGUACAGGAGCAGCCAUGGCCUACAGAGGGACCCAUUUGAGAGGGAGGGGUCGCGCUGUCUAUAACACAUUCCGCGCUACACCUCCUCCUCCACCUAUCCCUGCCUAUGGAGCUGUGGUCUACCAGGAUGGCUUUUAUGGGGCAGAAAUAUAUGGAGGGUAUGCAGCUUACAGAUAUGCCCAGCCAGCUGGCACUGCCGCAGCAGCAUACAGUGACAGGACUGCUGCUCUCCUCCCUGUGCAGCUGUCCUCAGCCCUCCGAGAGCCUGCAGUCUGCUAUUAUGGCAGAGUCUAUGCAACAGCAGACCCAUAUCACCAUACGAUUGGUCCUGCAGCCACGUACAGUGUGGGCACUAUGGCUAGCCUUUACAGAGGAGGGUGCAGUCGCUUCACUCCCUACUAGAAAAGAGGGAAGACACGCCCCCUUUCCUUCCCCGCAAAACAGACAAAAAAACAACAAAUGAAAAUCACUAAAUAUCCAUCUUCACGCUCUUCAUGGAAAACUAAAAACAAAAUGCUUCCAGGUGGCAAACGUGACCCUGAAACACAAGAAUCUCUCAAGUUGCUUCCCUGUUUACAGAGUGUGCACGUCAUUUAUUGAUGUAAUGCAUUGUACUUAUUUUGGAAAGGAACAGUUUGUUGCUCUGUGUUGACUUGAAUGUAUUUGCAUUGGCCUAUCUGUAGUGGAAAAAAGACAACAGUAGUCAAUGUGAACAAAGUGAGGAAAGAGUUGAAAUAGAAUCUUUCUUCUAUUUCUCCCUUUCUUUUGUAUCUGUAACUCAGCUCCUUUCAGGGUGGCCUUUUGUGCUAACUUUCAUUUCAUCUAAUUUCCCUGCCUUUAUUAUUUCAAUUAGCUCCUAUAUGCGUUAGAAGUAUUAACUUUCAGAAAUUUCUAGUUUGAGCAACAAAUAUCUGAUUGGAUAUAUUGAGUAAACAAUACAGCCAUUUCACCCCUUUAGAGUACUGGCUCCUUUCAGCCAAUAUCUGGAGCUGAGUUUCAGACUGACUUAAUGGGACUCGAAGUUGUUCAGCCUAAAGGAGGUGAAACUGCAACAAAAUGGCUACCAGGAAGUGAUGUAUUGUAAUAUCCUGGAGGAAGUGAUGUAUAGCAGGGUGUGAAGCAGGAGCUAUGGCAGCCUUUGCUAAAUGGGCAGCAGUGUGUUAGAGUCCAUUGAUCACUGGCAUUGUGCCAGUGGCAGGAGGUAUCCCAUCACUGCCGAAUGGCUUUGAAGGAGAAAGCUUUCCCACUCACUUCUCACUGUUCUGUCUCCUCAUUCCCUGCAAUAAUCCAACUUUUGAGCAGAUGAAAAAAAUGGUGUGUUUCUUCGACUUAGUUGUUACACAUCUUGAGACCAUCCCAUGAUAAAGCUUCAUGAAUCAAAUUUUGUCCAAUUCAGAAAGCCAUCAAAAGGAUACAGCCACAACAUAUCAGAGCCGCAGUUGAGCCACAGAUAGGGGCUGCCAAAUUAUUGUUUGAUUAUUCAAACUGUUUAUUAUUUAAAAAAAAAUUAAAUGUCUGAAAAUACAGAUAAAUCUGCCUUUUCAUAAAAUAAUAAUGGUGAAUGUCUAUUUUCCAUCAUAAUUUGGUUGACAGUUAUGUAUAUUUUCUGACAUGACUAGGUUUGUAAAACUUUGUAGCCUGCUUAUUGAUAUUGAAAUAUGUAUAUAUUUAUAUACUGUAUUUCUGCAAAAAACAUCUCAGACCAUCUUAUUGGACAUCAAGUAAAGGAAAAUGGGUUCCUCAAUGGAAACACAAGAUCUUUCACUUGCUUUGUUAUUAGUUUUCAGUGGUCACCCUCAAAUUCAAGACCAGGAAAAAAAGAAAACAAAAUACAAAAAGAGCAAUGGAGGCAGUGGAUGAAUGGAUCAGUUACACAUGCAUACACACACAUCUCAAGUCCUGGAGUGUCAUUCAGAGAACAGAAAGACUUUCCUAAUAAACCUAAUAACCUCAACAUUCUAUCAAGACCAUGAGAUAACUGUUAUACUGGCUCCCUACGCUGGCUGGGUACUGGAUCUGGUUUAUACACAGACGGGGUUGCGGAAGAAUUCAAAAGUUUCUAAGCCCAGUUUUUUUAAUUGGAUGGAUGUAUUUAAUUUGGUCAAUAUAAUCACUUUGACUAAUCUCCAAUGACAGGAGUUUAUGUAUAAAGAAAAACAGACCACCAGCCAAAAAACUGUUGAAAGGCCCAGCCUUGGAAGUUCAGCAAAGGGCAAAGUGAAUAAAAUAAGAAAUGAAUAAUGGGUUUGACACACACCAAAAACUGAUAAGGCUUGCUGGUCAAUCUGGAGAACAAAUUACAGGCGCACUAUAAGGAAAUCAAAUUAUGUGAUUGACAUGUAUAUAUUUAGCACAAUAAAAUUAUAAUCACAUGACACACAAAACAAAAUGUGAAAUCUUGGCUAGCAGCUUCAAACCUUUAUAUUUCACAGUAUUAACAAUGUUUAAAUAAGCAGCCUGUCAUCAUCACCAUCACCACCAUCUCCAUUUGGAAUUUAUGUACUGUAGGUGUGUCAUUGGACUCAAUACCAAAACUGUAUGUGAAUUUUAAAGGCUGAUCAGCCACAAAUAUGAUCAAGCUAAUAGCCUAGCCUUGACAUGCACAUUUUAUGCACUGCUGAGGAAACCUGUGCUAAAAUCAACACAGGCAACACUCUAAUACACCCAAGUAUUCAGAAUCUCACUGCCUCUCUCUCUCUCAUACACACGCACACACACACGCCAGUAAAUAGCAUCUGUGCCUGCUGUGUCUGAUGUGAUCGUAAAGAGGGGAGUAAGUAACGCAGGAAGAAAGGGGAGUGUGAAGAGAAGCAGUAACCGAGGCAAUUUACCCCACAGAUUAGAGAUAAGAGAGUUCAGUCAAUAAGCACUGAUCUCAUUUGAAGAUAUACCAGAAUGACUAUACUCAGACACACACACAGACACACCCACAACCACACACAUACUCACACUAGUUGUAGAUUGCUGUCACUGUUGUGUCUGUCUGCAGACUGUCUUUUCUAUAGCUUUGCUAUUGCUGUUUCUAACAAGGAUCACUCUUGGCUACUAGAA